CCACUUGAUGAGAAUGAUCUUCAGUGGACUUUAGCUUCUGGUUCUUCUACUGAAAACCAAGUGUUUUAUACUACGACCAGAAAUGGUACCUUUGCUUUUGUUCAGCUGAUUCAUUCCAAUAUUGGCUUAUGGAACCCUACUAUUUCAUUCACUUGCAAAUUCUAUAAUCCUGAGACUAAUACUAAUGUCUUUAAGAAUAUCAACAUGACCAAGUUUGAACUCUCUGCUGACAGACGUUCUGUAAAAACUGACUACUUUACCAUUCAGUUGGACGCUGCUCAACAAGUAUACAAGAUCAACAUUACCCAUCCUGAGCUUGUUGUCUCUUUAGAAUUCAAAAAGAUCGAUAGAGGAUUUAAAGUAGGCGAAGGCAAGACUUAUUUGGGAGGAGAUAAGCAAUCCGCUGCUGGCUUUGUCUCACAUAAAUUUUGGCCAAGAGCUGAAUCCAAGGGAACAUUUAUUGUUAACCAACAAAUUUAUGAAAUCGAAGGUGAUGGCAUGUUUAUCCAUGCUAUUCAGGGUAUGCAACCUCAGCUGAUUGCCUCUAAUUGGAACUUUAUCAAUUUCCAUUCCAAGGAAGCUUCUAUCGGCAUGAUGCAAUUCCAAACUACAAAGCAGUAUGGUUCAGUCAACAUUAACCAAGGAUCUCUUGUGCUCAAUGAUAAGCUUAUAUCUGUAUCUGUCGACAAUGACGCAGAAUUGAUGGACUUGGCAAAAGAUACAGAAACAGAAUAUGAUAUUCCCAAGAAAGUCAAACUGACAUGGAAAGGAAAGACGAUUAAAGAAAAGGAAGACGAUGAAGCCAAGGAUGUUACUAUUAUAAUGGUGGUUGAAAUCAAAAAUCUGAUUGACAAGAUCGAUGUCUUGGCUGAAAUACCUUAUGUCAUCAGAAAGCUUGUACAGACAUUUGUAGUUAAGCCUUAUAUCUAUCAAUGGUUAGACAAGGCAACAGCUGAAAUUACAAUUGGUCAAGAAAAAGUUACCACAGAAGGACACUGCUUCCAAGAAUUAGUAUUCGUUUCUGGUUUUUAA